CUUGAUAGAUUCGUCGUUCAAAAAUGCGGAAAUAACCAAUGUAUUUGUGUUUUUUAACUGAAUAUUCCUGAUCUACUCCCCCAGACUUGAUUGGUGGAGCCUGGGAGGUUAAAGUUGAAAAGGGACGGACGCGGAACUAAACUGAACUAAACUUUUCUGGUUUACGUGAAUGCGAUAACGCUUUAUCUGCUGUUGCUAUGUUAUUCAAGUCACUAGUAGGGAGUGCCUGCACUCUGCUUGGAGCUGCAACAGCCUUCAAAUUUGCACCUGUGGAAGUCCAGGCCCAAGCAGCUGCCCUCCUUCACAGCGCUGUGAGGAAAUCCUCUCUGGUAGAACAAGCAAAUAUGAGGAUUGAACUUCUCCCUGCACUCAGUGACAACUACAUGUACCUCCUGAUUGAUGUGGACUCCAGAGAAGCAGCUAUUGUUGACCCUGUGGAGCCAAUAAAGGUUGUGGAAGCUGUCAGAAAACAUGGCGUAAAACUCACAACAAUUCUGACCACUCAUCACCACUGGGAUCAUGCUAGUGGAAAUGAGAAGAUGGUAAAGCUAAUGCCAGGACUGAGGGUCUAUGGAGGAGAUGACAGAAUUGAUGCUAUUACAAAGAAAGUUUCUCAUUCCAACAAUCUCAAAAUUGGAUCACUCAAUGUCAAAUGCCUGUACACACCAUGUCACACAACUGGUCACAUCUGCUACUAUGUGACAAAAGAAAACAGCACCGAGCCACCAGCUGUUUUCACAGGGGACACGCUGUUUAUGGCUGGUUGUGGUAAAUUCUUUGAGGGUACAGCAGAGCAGAUGUACAAAGCCUUGAUAGAAAUUCUGGGAAGCCUGCCUCCUGAAACACGCGUUUACUGCGGUCACGAGUACACCGUCAGCAAUCUGAAAUUUGCCCGUUAUGUGGAACCAGACAAUGAAGUCAUUCAGAAGAAGCUAGCUUGGGCAAAGGAGAAAUGCAGCAAUGGAGAACCUACUAUCCCGUCCACUUUGGCAGAGGAAUUCACAUUUAACCCCUUUAUGAGAGUGAAAGAGAAGUCCGUGCAGGACCACGCAAAGCAGACAAACCCGGUCGAAACCAUGAGAAGUCUCCGGAAAGAAAAAGAUGGCUUCCGGGUUCCCAAGGAGUGAUGUCCAGUGCACUCAUGCUGACUGUUUCUUAACCGCUUCCAAAACUGCAGCCUGUCAAUAAUAGAGUACUACAGAGAAUAUCUGCAAUUCAAUUUUAAAGCGACUUAAGGUAGAUGUACUACAUUUACUCUCAGUCAAGGCACACAUUUUAUAUCCCUAUAUUCAGCCCUGAUAUGGCUAUAAACUUCAUGUAGUUGUAUUUGGUUUGUUUGGAUGAUAUUGGUGUGAUAGUUGAUAAUUGAAUGAUUUAAAUCAUUGAGAAAUACAUUUGGUCAUCUGUAAAUCUGAGUUUUAGAGUAUAUUUAGUAUUAUGUUGUAAUAUAUUCAUGUAAAAACCUCAACUUCAUAAAGUGUUAAAAUUGAAAGAUUUUAACAAGACAGGGAGCUGCUUGAGGAACAAAUGUUGGAAUAUGUGUAACAUUUCUGUAAAUUGAUGAAUAAUUUCUUUGUAAAGAUUCAAAUCAAUGCUUUAUUUAGGAAUGUUCCCUUGUGGCAUUUCUUUUCAUAUUUACUUGGAAGCUGUUAGUUUGAUGUUAAAUUCAGCGCAAGUGCUUUUUAUUUCUUUUUAUUGAAAAGCAUUUUGUGAGCAAAGCAUUAUCUACUUAUUGGUUUGUCAAGCAUUGCAACGUUGGAUACCAUGAAUGCUCUUUUGCAUGUAAAGUACAAUCUUACAAAGAAUAUUGCAUUGUGUUCUUUGGAAAAAGCAAUAAACACAUUUAUUCAAGUCA